GGCGGGAUUAAAGGUCCCACGUGGGCAGCUCGCGCCGCCGACGUCUUUGAGUUUUACGUCCGGGAUUGAACACCGAGCGCUCCUUCCGUAGAAGCCGAAUAUCUGACGGUGUGACUCAGAAGACGCGGUGUAACGGAACGUGGUCUGUCACGGCGGAUGUGUCGCCGUCCCGACAGCCUGGGUCUGUCCCGGGCUUGAAGAGGGAGCAGGACGCCAUGGGAGCGACGCAGAGCUCGGCUUCAGCGGCAGGAUCGUCACAGGGGCUUUCUCAAGAACACCCGUGCCCGGUUCCUCUGGAGAUCCUGGAGGAGAUCUUCUUGAAUCUCCCUCCCGAGCAGGUGGUUUGGGUUUGCCGGUUAGUGUGCCAUCAGUGGGGGCAAGUGGCCGACAGCGAGUCCCUGUGGAGAGGGAGAUGUCGAAGAGAGGGAUACCGCCUCCGCGACGCUUCCAAAAUCCCCAAAGACUGGCGGUUGUUUUACUUCCUGUGCAAGAAGAGGAGGAACCUUCUCAAGAAUCCGAAAGGAGAAAAUAAAAUGAAGAACUGGCAGAUUCUUGAGAACGGCGGCGACCAGUGGAAAGUGGAGGGCGUCAUGGUGCCGCAUCCGAAUGAGAAGGUCCAGCAAAACUUUGUGACCUCUUACGGGAUGUGCAAGAAGUCGCAGCUGAUUGAUUUGGGGGUGGAAGGUUACAACGCAUUGUUUAUGGAUCAUUUCCAGCCAGGCAUCAAAAUAUCUGAUUGGUACGCCCCGCGAUGGGAUUGCGGCAGUGAAUAUACGAUCCGCGUAGAGUUGCUGAAUCAAAGGAAGAAGGCGGUGCAGACGUUCGCUCCCGACACGGUUUACUUCGAGCAGUGGAACGAUCAGACGUGGAAUCAGAUGACACAUGUAUUCCAGGACUAUGGACCAGGAGUGAGGUACAUCCGGUUUACCCAUGGAGGCAAGGACGCGCAGUUCUGGGCAGGAUGGUAUGGAAUACGUGUCACCGACAGCUGUGUUGAGAUAUGUCCCGCAGUGGACGCGUAGAUCUUUUUAUGUAGUCACCGACUGCCCGCUUGCUGCCUCUGCAUAAAAAGUGCACCUUCUUUUAUGGAAAUUGCACCAAUUACUAUUUCCCUUGUACAAUCAGCAGUCAUUUUACAUGUUGAAGUAACGUUGUCUUUUUCUUCUUCUUGCAAGAGGCUAUGAAUACUAUAUGUGUAUCAGUUUCUUUAUGAAAUGUUAAGUUUUCAUCGUGAGGAGAUGCCACGUAGUCACGAGGCGGAGCCGGUCCCUGGAGCGGAUUCUCUGGCUCUGAUGUCUGUUUACGUCUCAGUCGUAGGCUGAGGACGCCACAGAGGCACCUACGGGUGAUGUGCAACGUUAUUUCUGACAAGUUGCGACAUCUGUGAUAAGGCCAGACUGAAUGUCACAUGGCAAGAAAUACAAAAAAACAACAAUUUCUCAGAUCAGAAGGGAUUCUGUCUAGAAAUAUUAACACUGCAGCACUAUAACAAACCAGCCUUAAUGUACAUUAUAUUAAUAUUUGCACUGGCCUGUAAAUGUGUAAGUUAUGAUGCUGAAACGUUGUAUUGGGAAAACUAAUCUGUGGAAAAUGUAUACAGUUCCAUCACCUUUUUAAUCCUGUAACCAUCAAGCCAGACAACACGUAGUAUUUGAAGUUAGGUUUAUUCGUAAUACUGGUUUAUUGUGGUGCUUUAUCACAAGCAAGAUACAAUACAACUUUGAUGUCAAAUUGAAUAAAAACCAAAGAGUAA